GCGGGCGCGAGGCGCGGGGCGGGCGCCAUCAUGUCGCGGGAGUUCGAGCUGUGCCCGGGGCGCCGCGUGGGCGGCGAGCAGCCCUGCUUCGUCAUCGCCGAGAUCGGGCAGAACCACCAGGGCGACCUGGGCAUCGCCAAGCGCAUGAUCCGCAUGGCCAAGGACUGUGGAGCAGACUGUGCUAAGUUCCAGAAGAGUGAACUGGAGUACAAAUUCAACAAGAAAGCCUUGGAAAGGCCCUAUACCUCUAAACACUCCUGGGGAAAGACCUAUGGGGAGCACAAGCGCCACUUGGAGUUUAGUCAUGACCAAUAUAGAGAGCUGAAGAAAUACGCAGAAGAGAUUGGCAUUUUCUUCACAGCUUCUGGUAUGGAUGAGAUGGCUGUGGAAUUUCUACAUGAACUGGACGUUCCAUUUUUCAAAGUGGGAUCAGGAGAUACAAACAAUUUUCCGUAUUUGGAAAAGACUGCAAAGAAAGGUCGCCCAAUGGUGAUUUCCAGUGGGAUGCAGUCGAUGAACACGAUGCAUCAGGUUUAUCAGAUCGUAAAGCCCAUCAAUCCAAAUUUCUGCUUCCUGCAGUGCACCAGUGCAUACCCACUUCAGCCAGAGGAUGUCAACCUCCGUGUUAUAUCGGCGUACCAGUCAGCUUUUCCUGAUAUCCCCAUUGGCUAUUCGGGACACGAAACUGGCAUAGCCAUUUCAGUGGCAGCUGUUGCUAUGGGUGCUAAAGUACUGGAACGCCAUGUGACUCUUGACAAAACAUGGAAAGGAAGUGACCACCAGGCAUCCUUGGAGCCAAAUGAACUGGCAGAGUUAGUGAAAGCCAUCCGUACAGUGGAAAAAGCAAUGGGUUCUCCAGUCAAGCAGCUCUUGCCUUGUGAAAUGGCUUGCAAUGAAAAGCUGGGAAAGUCUGUUGUGGCGAGAGUGACAAUUCCUGAAGGUGCGGUACUGACACUUGACAUGCUGACAGUGAAAGUGGGAGAGCCCAAGGGCUUUCCCCCAGAGGCCAUCUUUGAUCUGGUGGGCCAAAAGGUUAAAAAAAAAAUCGAAGCAGAUGAAACCAUCACUGAGGAAGCAGUGGAAAAUCAUGCCAAAAAAGUGAAGUGCUAAACCAAGGCACUCCAUUCCCCAUUUCGUGAUGUAGUACUGCAUUACUGCACAAUGUAUUUAAGUAUAGCAGCAUGGUAGAGUAGAAGAACGGGGUAUAAUUAAGAGGAUCCAAGCAGGUUAGAAUUUUCAGAUUCUUAUUAGCAGGAAGUUUCUGCAGCAACUAGGUAUAAAUUAUGAAGAGCAAUUUUAUUUGAAACCAUGAAGCAUUGUAUGUAGAAAAUACCAUGCUCCUCCUUUCUCCAUUUCACAUAACGCAGAUUAAUUUGGUGUUUUGCCAGAUUUAAGACCACAGUGCUGCUUUCCAGCAUCCCUUUUUUUCCCAGGAUGCUAGUGUGAGUUGAAUGCACGUUAAGGGAAAGUUUACAUACAGUGAACAUAAAAUGACAUGUUCAAUGUGAUGAGUUUUUUUCAUGACGAAAGUCUGAAAAUAAAAAGUCUCAAGAUAAAGCAGUGGUCUGCAGGAAGCUGCACUCUCUGGAAAAUGAGCUUCUUGAGAAACCUAGAUUUUCAAGAGAUGGUACCAAAAAGGGAAGCAAACAGGCUAUGUAAAAGUCCCAUUUAAGGGGCAAGAGAAAGAAACUUUUUGUACUUCUUGUGAACUGAAAGACAAGAAGGCAAGCCAGACAGAUUAAGGGUUGGGGGCUGGGGAGGGAAGAUCUGAGAUGGACAGUGGAAAUAACCCAGUCUUCAAAAAAGAGUCAGAAGUGUCUGUUGUGAGUUGAGUGAAGCCUGAAAUCUUAAAUCAGUUCUGCAGUGCAUUUGGCUAUCUCUGUUCAUACCUGGGGGCAACUUCUCAGGUAGGAAGCCAAAUGCUGCUAAAGAUUUAGCAGCCUCCUUCCUCUACUAAUCAAAUAAGCUGGUUGGGUUUUUCCCCUCCAGCACUGGUGUUUGAGACAGCUGAGGCUGGCUGCUUAACUAGAUCACAGGACUAUGGUUCAUUGUGAUGGUCAGUGUUGCUCUUGUGUGCUCUGCUCUAGCAUCACAGCUGCUCACUUUUCAAGUAAGAAAGGCAAUCCUAAUCCUGUCAGCCUGCUGCUCUUCCAGUUGUUCAGGGAGAAGCUGUAUGGCAGGACCUGCAUACCAGGCAUCCCUUAAUUAGUUUGGAUAGGACAGAACUGCUUUGGUAUAAUUAAUCUGCAUUUUUCUGUGAUGGAAUUAUUUUCUAGUAAUGAUUAUUUGGAAUGUUCUACCUCUUGGUCAUGAGUUGGUGAAGUAUCUUGAAUUCGGUUGUGGUGUUUCUGUACCUGUGAGCUGUUUACUUUCAAAAUGUUUACCCUUCUGAAAUUCUGAGGAAACUGUAUUCAUAUCUUUAAACUGGGAAGGAGAGGUUCUUUGAAUCAUGCUUGACUGUAUGUGAGCUCUGAUUGAUGCAAUAUGCUUGCCUUACAUUAAAAAACUACUCAAUGGUUAAAAAGAUUUUUUUAUUUCAAAUUUAAAAAAUAAAUUUAGCUUAUAAAACAAA